AUGAAUGUACUUCAGUUGGUUAAACAAAUGGACACUCUUUCACCGAGAAUCCAAGCCUUAUUAAAAGAAAGUAAUCGUCUCAGGUGUAAUGAAGACAUAAAUAAUGGAUCUCCUUUUUCCCGCGACUCCUUAAAGGCUAGAUUGACUGACCUGGAAUUCCGUGUAACACAGAAUAAGGAGACAGAAAAGCCGUUUUCAGGGAAAUACGUAAAUGAGAGAUCACAGGGAAUAUAUAAAUGUGUUGUCUGUGGCUCAAAAUUGUUUAGCAGCGAAGCAAAAUUUUUCUGCAGUUGUGGUUGGCCUGCUUUUAAUAGUCCCAUAGAAUGUAAUUGUUUGACCUCAUCCAUUGAUUUGUCUUCAGGUGACGUCCGCGUAGAAGUUUCCUGCAAGCGAUGCAAUGCCCAUUUGGGACACGUGUUUGAUGAUGGACCAAAGCCUACAGGUCUUCGUUAUUGUAUUAAUUCUUGUGCUCUAGUUCUUGACCCCGAUCUUGAUAGUUCUUCUGAUUUAAAUGUGUCAGUUACUUGAUAUUUUGCUAUUGUUGGAUAAUGAUAUCCAUUGUAUGAAAUCUAGAAUUGUUCUGAUGUUGCAUUUCCAAUAACAUGCUUUUUCCCAAAGUCCUAUGAUAAAACUAAUAUUUCUGGUCCCUCCUGUCCUGUUUUUCUAAUUUGUAUUUUCUGAUUUUUAUUUGAAUUUACAAAGUCUUUUUUUAAUUUCCUAACUAAUUUUAAACUAUUUGUCUUUAAAUUUUAUGUUCAUGUUUAGUUGUAUGUGUAAAAAAAGGCUAUUUUUCAAUAGAAUAUGCAUUUCGAGUUCAUUGGUA